CCAGCUACUCAUCCAUCAUUGGCAUUAUCGCAUCAUAAUAUAGCUAUAUCUCUUUUUUCGUUAGGUCGAUCGGACGAAGCAUUAAAUCAUACUCAUAAAGCAAUUGAAAUAGCAUCACAAACUUUACCUGAUGAUCAGCCACAAAUAAUUGCUCAUCGAGAACUUCUCAAUGCAAUUCAAAAGAAGAAAGCAAUGAAAGACUAUGUUUCUCUUCUUCAGAUAAUUGAAAAUGAAGAUCAAUGA